AUGAAAGUUAUUUCGGCUAUGUUGCUCAUUGCCAUUUUUUGGAGCCAGGAGUGGAAGUCGACGCUCUCUGAUUCAAUCAUCCACAUCGGCGCCAUCUUUGACGAGUCAGCACGGAAAGAUGAUGAGGUGUUUCGCCUUGCAGUUGCAGAUCUCAACUUGAACAAUGAGAUCUUGGAGACAGAGAAGAUCACCAUCUCUGUAGAGUUCGUUGAUGGGAACAAUCCCUUCCAAGCUGUGCAAGAAGCAUGUGAGCUGAUGAAUCGUGGUAUUCUGGCUCUGGUCAGUUCAAUUGGCUGCAUGUCGGCAGGCAGCCUUCAGACUCUGUCCGAUGCCAUGCACAUCCCCCAUCUCUUUAUCCAGCGUUCCCCAGCGGGAUCACCUCGUUCAGCCUGCCCGCCCACCAGUCGCAUCCCUGGAACAGAUGACUACACCCUAAUGGUCCGCCCACCUGUCUAUCUCAAUGAGGUCAUCAUGCAAGUGGUGUCUGAGUACAGCUGGCAAAAGUUCAUCCUCUUCUAUGAUUCAGAUUUUGAUAUUCGUGGUAUUGAGGAUUUCCUGGAUCGGACAUCUCAGCAGGGAAUGGAUGUGUCCCUUCAGAAGGUGGAAUCUAACAUCAACAUGAUGAUCACUAGUCUGUUCAGAACUAUGCGAGUGGAGGAACUGCAUCGCUACAGGGAUACACUACGCAGAGCAGUACUGUUCAUGAGCCCAGCUACUGCCAAGGCAUUUAUCACUGAGGUGGUGGAGACCAACUUGGUGGCCUUUGAUUGUCACUGGAUCCUGAUCAAUGAGGAGAUCUCAGACUAUGACCUGCAGGAGUUGGUCAUGAAGUCAAUUGGUCGGCUGACGUUGGUGCGCCAGACAUUCCCUAUGCCCCAGAAUACCUCUCAGCGCUGUGUCAAACACAACCACAGGAUUAACACAUCCCUCUGUGACCCUAAGAACCCCAAGGCUCAGCAGCUAGAGAUCACAAACCGCUACAUUUAUGAUACUGUUUUACUGCUGGCCAAUACGUUCCACAGAAAAUUGGAGGACAGAAAGUGGCACAGCAUGGCUAGCCUGAGCUGCAUCAGGAAAAACUCCAAACCGUGGCAGGGAGGCAAGAGCAUGCUGGAUACUGUAAAAAAGUUCGGAGUGAGCGGCCUCACCAGUUUCCUGGAGUUCACAGACAACGGCACUAACCCCAACAUCUUCUUUGAAAUCCUGGGAACAAAUUAUGGAGAAGACAGGGGACGAGGAGUCAGUAGGCUGGCAACGUGGGACCCAGUUCAUGGGUUGAACGGCACGCUGACAGAUAGGAAAUUGGAAAACAACAUGAGAGGAGUGGUGCUACGAGUCGUCACUGUUUUGGAGGAGCCAUUUGUAAUGGUGUCUGAGAAUGUUCUAGGAAAACCGAAGAAGUACCAGGGCUUUUCCAUUGAUGUCCUGGAUGCUCUGUCCAACUACUUGGGCUUCAAGUAUGAGAUCUAUGUCGCUCCAGACCACAAAUAUGGCAGCCUGCAGCCUGACGGUCAGUGGAAUGGAUUGAUGGGUGAAUUAGUCUUUAAGCGAGCCGAUGUGGGACUUUCUGCCCUGACCAUCACACCUGAGCGGGAGAGCGUUGUGGACUUCACCACACGCUACAUGGAUUAUUCUGUGGGUGUUCUGCUGCGUAAGGCUGAACGCACUGUGGACAUGUUUGCCUGUCUGGCGCCCUUCGACCUGUCACUGUGGGCGUGCAUUGCUGGCACCGUGCUCCUUGUUGGCAUUCUGGUGUACCUGCUCAACUGGCUCAACCCACCCAGGCUACCUAUGGGAUCAGUGUCCUCGACAACACUGUACAAUUCCAUGUGGUUUGUGUAUGGCUCCUUUGUACAACAAGGUGGAGAGGUGCCCUACACCACUCUGGCAACAAGGAUGAUGAUGGGUGUUUGGUGGAUGUUUGCUCUUAUUGUCAUCUCCUCAUAUACUGCCAAUCUAGCAGCCUUUCUUACCAUCACACGCAUAGAGAACUCUAUACAGUCUCUUCAGGACUUGUCCAAGCAGACAGAGUUGCCUUACGGUACGGUGCUGGACUCUGCAGUAUAUGAUCAGGUGCGCGCCAAGGCUAUGAACCCCUUCGAGAGAGAUCCUAUGUACUCCCAGAUGUGGCGGAUGAUUAACCGCACUGGAGGUGCUGAUAACAAUGUUGAGGAGUCAAAGGAAGGAAUUCGAAAGGUGAAGUAUGGUCGGUUUGGCUUUGUGUGGGAUGCAGCGGUCCUGGAGUAUGUUGCUAAUAAUGAUGAGGAUUGCUCCUUCUACACUGUCAGCAACAAUGCACCAGACCGUGGUUAUGGUAUCGCCAUGCAGCACGGCAGCCCUUACAGGGACAUUUUCUCUCAAAGAAUCUUGGAGCUUCAGCAGAAUGGUGACAUGGAUAUACUAAAACUCAAGUGGUGGCCAAAGGACAGCCCCUGUGACCUUUUCAGCUCAGUCCAGUCACGACAGCGUGGCAACGCCCUGGAUAUCCACAGCUUUGCUGGCGUCUUCUGUGUCCUGGCAGCCGGCGUGGUGCUCUCCUGUCUCAUUGCCAUGGUGGAAAGCUGGUGGUCACGGAGAAAGGGAUCCAGAGUCCCUUCCAAGGAGGACGAUAAGGAGAUCGACCUGGAGCACCUACACCGCAGGGUUAACAGCUUGUGCACCGAGGAUGAAAGCCCCCACAAGCAAUUCUCCACCUCUUCCGUCGAUUUAACACCCCUUGACAUGGAUGCGCUGCCUGCCGCACGCCAGGCACUCGAGCAGAUCAGCGAUUUCCGCAACACCCACAUUACCACCACCACCUUCAUCCCCGAGCAGAUCCAGACCCUCAGCCGCAGCCUCUCUGCCAAAGCCGCUGCUGGAUUUUCCGCUGGUUUCGGUAGCAGUGGCGGGGGCGGCCUCCAGGACCACCGGACUGGCGGGGUGGGCCCUUUCAGGCAGAGGGCCCCCAAUGGUGGCUUCUUCCGCAGCCCCAUUAAAACAAUGUCCUCUAUCCCCUACCAGCCCACAGGUCCUGGACCCAACUUUGGAUAUGGCAAUGACCCAGACAGGGGCACCUCCAUAUGA